AUGAAGUCAGCUAAAGUUUACGGAGCACCUCGCUUCGCAGACACCACUAUGCGUCCUGUAUCAGACAGGGAGACUGAACAGGGCAGCUUCGCUCGGUCGUCCAGAAGCGACAAGGACAACCAAUCCUUCUCCCUCAUCUUCGGCGAGGGAGAGCGACCACUCGACGUGGUGUGGAAGGACACGGAGGAGGCGGAGAUGUGGUACACUGGCAUGCGUGCUUUGGUGGAGAGGAACCGGCGUCCUAAGUCAGAGCGCCUAGGGCUGAGCCACCGGCGAUCCGCGUCCAUGACCCUGGAUGAGCUUCGGGAGUGGUCUCCCGACAUGUCGCCCUUCCGACAGAGAGUAGAGUCAUCCCCCCCAGUGGAACCCAAUGAAAGCGGCAGCCUUGCCGACUAUAGAAGCCCCCCUGAGAGCCGAGGCACAGGCAGAGGCGAGGGCAUGGGCUUGGACACCCUCACAGGAGCAGAAGCAGGAGCAGCAGGAGGGGCAGGUAGCAGUACAGGAAAUACCAGUGCUGCUGCCAAUGCUGGUACUUCUUCUAGCCCUGCCAGUGCCAACUUUCCGUACGCAGCAGCACCGGCCCCAGGUCACAGCACAGUCAUUCCCUCUACUUGGUCAGCCGAUCGUGCCGAACUGCUCCCCGGGCUGCCCGUGAAAAGUUUUUACAGUGGGUCGAGCGACGGGUCUGGGUAUUUACCCAGUGCGACGAGCAGCAGUACAGGGGACGACGGGAGCGAGGUUCUGGGGGAUUUGUUUAUGUGGGGAGAAGGGCUGGGGGAUGGGGCGUUAGGAGGGGGCGGAUUGAGGAAACGUGGGGCGAGCAGUGCGAUUCCGAUCCCUGGAUUUGAUUCGGUGGUGCCGAAACCGUUGGAUGCAGGAGUGGUGCUGGAUGUGUGCCACGUGGCAUGUGGGGAGGGGCAUGCAGCGCUGGUGACGAGGCGAGGGGAGGUGUUCUGCUGGGGGGAGGAGGGAGGGGGGCGGCUGGGUCAGGGGCGUGAGAGGGACUUGGAACACCCGAAGCUGGUGGAGGGUUUGGAUGGUAUCCCUAUGGAUGAGGUCGCCUGUGGCAGUUUCGUCACACUCGCUCUCUCUAGGGCAGGGGAGGUGUUUCUCUGGGGGGACGGCCGCAAGGGCAGGGGCCUUCUGGGGGAGGGCGGAUACGAGGACAUGCCCCAGUGGGUGCCCAGGCGUGUGGGGGGAGCCCUGGACGGGGUGUAUCUGGUGCAGGUGGCAUGUGGGCCGUGGCACGUGGCGGCUGUAGCAGCUACAGGCCAGCUGUUCGCGUUCGGAGACGGCACGUUUGGAGCCCUUGGGCAUGGAAACUGCGACAUUAUCUCAUCGCCCAAGGAGGUGGAGUCCCUUCAAGACAUGUGGGUGUCCCGCGUUGCCUGUGGCGUGUGGCACACAGCAGCAGUCGUGCACGCCCCCGCCACUGCAAGCACCCCUUUCCCCCUUACCUCCUGUUGCCCCCCUCAAACACUCCACUACAGCAUUAUCUCAUCGCCCAAGGAGGUGGAGUCGCUUCGAGGCAUGCGGGUCUCCCGCGUUGCCUGCGGCGUGUGGCACACUGCAGCAGUCGUGCACGGUCCCAGCACUGCAAGCUCAGGCACCACCGCAGCAAGUGACACUGCAACGAUCCCCUCAGCGGGAACAAUUGAAGGCGAUUCUGCAGCAGCAGUGGGGACAGUAGCAGCAGCGGGGGCGGGAACAGGGGGAACAGGUGGAUUAGCUGGGGUCGGCAUGGCAGGGGGCGUGGUAGCAGGGGGUGUAGCAGGCGGGAGGCUGUACACAUGGGGUGAUGGAGAUAGGUACAAGCUGGGUCAUGGCGACAAGCAGCAGCAGCUGCUGCCCAAGGCAGUAGACGCUCUCAGCCAAGUUGACAUCUCUCAGGUAUUAUUCCCCAGCCAUCCCUCCCAGUGCCGUGAUGCCAUCCCUCCCUCAGCCGCCCAUCGCUCACCCUUCUCCCCAUUCCCCUGGUACCCCCUUAGCAGGUGGCAUGCACUCACGCCAUCAGGCCAUGUGUACGCCGUGGCUUGCGGGCAGGACAUCACAGUAGCGCUCACGCCAUCAGGCCAUGUGUAUGCCAUGGGGUCAGCAGCUCAUGGACAGCUGGGGAACCCCCAGGCAGACGGCCACACCCCAGCCCUUGUGUCUGGACCCCCACUAUUUAAGCAGAUCAAGCAGAUUGCAUGCGGCACCCACCACACAGCAGCCCUCACUGCAGCGUCAGAUAUCCUCUUGACACCCUUUUCCCCUCUUGUCCCGUUGCCCUUUCCAGCCCUUGUGUCUGGACCCCCACUAUUUAAGCAGAUCGAGCAGAUUGCAUGCGGCACCCACCACACAGCAGUCCUCACUGCAGCGUCAGAUAUCCUCUUGACACCCUUUUCCCCUCUUGUCCCGUUGCCCUUUCCAGCCCUUGUGUCUGGACCCCCACUAUUUAAGCAGAUCGAGCAGAUUGCAUGCGGCACCCACCACACAGCAGUCCUCACUGCAGCGUCAGAUAUCCUCUUGACACCCUUUUCCCCUCUUGUCCCGUUGCCCUUUCCAGCCCUUGUGUCUGGACCCCCACUAUUUAAGCAGAUCGAGCAGAUUGCAUGCGGCACCCACCACACACCAGCCCUCACUGCAGCGUCAGAUAUCCUCUUCACACCCUUUUCCCCUCUUUUCCCGUUGCCCUUUCCAGCCCUUGUGUCUGGACCCCAACUAUUUAAGCAGAUCGAGCAGAUUGCAUGCGGCACCCACCACACAGCAGCCCUCACUGCAGCGUCAGAUAUCCUCUUGACACCCUUUUCCCCUCUUGUCCCGUUGCCCUUUCCAGCCCUUGUGUCUGGACCCCCACUAUUUAAGCAGAUCGAGCAGAUUGCAUGCGGCACCCACCACACACCAGCCCUCACUGCAGCGUCAGAUAUCCUCUUCACACCCUUUUCCCCUCUUGUCCCGUUGCCAUUUCCAGCCCUUGUGUCUGGACCCCCACUAUUUAAGCAGAUCGAGCAGAUUGCAUGCGGCACCCACCACACAGCAGCCCUCACUGCAGCGUCAGAUAUCCUCUUGACACCCUUUUCCCCUCUUGUCCCGUUGCCCUUUCCAGCCCUUGUGUCUGGACCCCCACUAUUUAAGCAGAUCGAGCAGAUUGCAUGCGGCACCCACCACACAGCAGCCCUCACUGCAGCAUCAGACCUCUUCACUUGGGGCCAGGGCAGUCACGGCCAGUUGGGGCAUGGAGACGUGCGGGACAAGGAGACCCCCACGAGGGUUGAAGCCAUCAAAGAUCAGCGUGUGCUGUCGGUGAGGGUUCAUGAGGGUGGGGUAUGGAUGGAGGGUGGAGCAUGGCGCAUGGAGGAUGGCGCAUGGAGGAUGGCGCAUGGAGGAUGGGGCAUGGAGGAUGGCGCAUGGAGGAUGGGGCAUGGAGGAUGGCGCAUGGAGGAUGGCGCAUGGAGGAUGGCGCAUGGAGGAUGGCGCAUGGAGGAUGGCGCAUGGAGGAUGGCGCAUGGAGCAUGGCGCAUGGAGGAUGGGGCAUGGAGGAUGGGGCAUGGAGGAUGGGGCAUGGAGGAUGGCGCAUGGAGGAUGGUGCAUGGAGGAUGGCGCAUGGAGGAUGGCGCAUGGAGCAUGGCGCAUGGAGGAUGGCGCAUGGAGGAUGGCGCAUGGAGGAUGGCGCAUGGAGGAUGGCGCAUGGAGGAUGGGGCAUGGAGCAUGGGCCCUAUUUUGGAACCAGCAUCACGAGCUCAUAUCUCUGUCACUCUCUCUCUCCCUCUCCUCUCUCACUAUCACUCCCUCUAUUACAUUCACAUUCCUCUCAUUCACUCCCUCGAUUACAUUCACAUUCGUCUCAAUCACUCCCUCUACUACAUUCACAUUCCUCUCAAUCACUCCCUCUAUUACAUUCACAUUCCUCUCAAUCACUCCCUCUAUUACAUUCACAUUCCUCUCAAUCACUCCCUCUAUUACAUUCACAUUCCUCUCAAUCACUCCCUCUAUUACAUUCACAUUCCUCUCACUCACCCGCUCUAUUACAUUCACACUCCUCUCAAUCACUCCCUCUAUUACAUUCACAUUCCUCUCAAUGACUCCCUCUAUUACAUUCACAUUCCUCUCACUCACCCCCUCUAUUACAAUCACACUCCUCUCAAUCACUCCCUCUCUGUUCUCCACUGCAGGCAUCCUGCGGGCCAGCCAGCACAGCGGUGUCCUGUGGGCCAGCCAGCACAGCAGUGGUGUGUCAGCACAGGCAUGCACAGGGCUCAGACCACCACCACUGCACACUCUGCCGCCAGGCCUUCUCCUUUGCCCGCAUCCGCCACCACUGCUACAACUGCUCCCUCCCCCCAUGAUGGGGGGUCAGCACUGCCCCUCCCCAUGUGGGGGGCGGUCUCUCCGCCUCCUCUAUUCGCCUCCCUCGUUUCAAGUCAAGCCUUCGCUCCCAUGACUUACCAGUAUCCCCAGUACCCCCAUACGCAGGCACAACAGCAGCAACAGCAACAGGCAGGGCAGCAGGCCAGCCUUCGCUCGGUGGCAGGCUUGGUGAUAGGCUCGGGCCGGCGGCCGUCCAGUCCGCUGAUGUGGCAGUCGAGUAAUAGUCCGUUGGGGGCGGGGAGAGCGGCAAGUCCUACGGGAGCUCAGGUUGCUGCUGCUGCUGCUGCUGCCGCUGCAGCUAUGAUAGCUGGUAGCAGUGCUGCUGGCGGUGGUGUGGGUAGAGGUGCUGCUGCUGGUGGCUUCCCUGUGAUUGGUGGAGUGGGAGUGGAUCCUUGGGAUUGGAGGCAGCAGGGGGGUGCGGUGGGGAGUGGGGAGGCGCGGUGGAGAAAGGCGAAGGAGGAGGCAGACAAGGAGAUUCAGAGACUGCGAGAAGAGCUACGAGUGGUGAAAGCUAGGAGUGCGGAGGUGGAGAGGGAGCGGCAGGCAGAGAGGCGGCUAGCGAGCAAGCAGGUGGAGGCAGCCUUCUCAGCGGCCAGCAGGGCUGCUGCUCGUGCUGCUGGCGCUCGUGACGUCAUCCAACUGCUCUCUCAGCAGCUCACCACUCUCACUCAAGAUCUCCCUGAGGGCAGCACCAAGCAAGUCAGCCUCGCAGUGACCUCCCUGCCAGCUGCUGUGGCCUACACAGGCCCGCUCCUCUUCCCCAUUCUCAUCCCCCUCCCUUUCCCCCCUCCCCCCCCUCUUCACUCCUGUCCCUCUUCUCCCCCUUUCUCUUCUCCCUCCCCCCACUUCUUUUUCUCCCUGCCCCCCAUCCAUACACAGCUCACCUCGCUCACACAAGCUCUCCCUGAGGGCAGCACCAAGCAAGUCAGCCUCGCAGUGACCUCCCUGCCAGCUGCCGUGGUCUACACAGGCCCGCUCCUCUCCUCCACCUCCAUCCCUCCAACCCUAACGGAGCUCCCUCCACAACAAGUUACCAGCACUGCCGCUGUGUUGGCUCCAGGACAGGCAGUAGCUGAAGGGGGGCCAUGUGGGGAGGGGGCACGUGGGGAGGGGGCACGUGGGGAGGGGGCACGUGGGGAGGGGGCACGUGGGGAGGGGGCACGUGGGGAGGAUACAUGUGGGGAGGGGUUGUGUGGGGAAGAGGCACGCGGGGAGGUACCAGGUGGGGCUGAUUGGGUGGGUGCUACUAGUGGCACUGCUCCAUCCACUGAUAUGGGAGGUGCCGCUGCUGCCGCCGCAGCUGCAGCUGCAGCAGCAGGGAUAGCUGGGAGGGACGGUGAGUCCGUUGCAGCAGCUGCGGCUGCGUUGGCCGCGCUGCGGGUGGAAGAAGAGUUGCGGGAAUCUUCUGAGGGAUGGGAAGGUGCACAAGACGUGGCAGAAGCAGCAGUAGAAGCAGAGGUGCCUGAAGAAGUAGCAGCCAAAAGAGCAGAAGCAGCAGUAGCAGCAGAAGCAGCAGUAGAAGCAGAGGUGCCUGAAGAAGUAGCAGCCAAAAGAGCAGAAGCAGCAGUAGCAGCAGAAGCAGCAGAAGCAUCCGGCAAACUGGAAGGCAGUAUGCUGAAGGGCUUAGCUGCAGAUGUUGAAGGGGAUCAAAUUAAUCGACUUGUGCUGGAAGGGGCAAUUCAGGAGGAGAUGGUUCAGAAAGAUGAAGCACAAAAGCAGCGAGGAGACGGGGAUGGGGAGAGCGAGAACGAGAUUCCUUCAGAAUCGUCAUACCUUUCUUCUCAGUCCAUGCCUCCUCCUUCAGACUCCUCAAACAUCUCUAAACCCGCCAGAAAAUCCAACAAGUCUUGGUCGUUUCGAAGCGCAGUGGGCAUGCCUUGGAGUCCUGCGGGCGGGUCAGAUGAAAACAUUGACUCCCCCAGAUCGCAGUGGUUCGGGCAGGUGAAUAGAGGCGCUGGGAAGACAGGCCUGGGGGUCUCUUCUGAGGCAUCUGUGGGGAGCGGAGGGCAGGGGCUUUCUGUUUGCGCUGCAGCAGAAGAGGGGAAUCUGCAUGGCGAUGCUUUAGCUGAUGUGGCUGAAGGGGAGGAUGAGGAGGCAGAGGAGAGGUUUGCUGGUGGUUGUAGGGAAGGUUCGGAGGGGGCAAGGGAGCCAGAUAUGGGAGUCUGUGGUGAGGAGGAGGGUAAGGAGGAAGCAGGGGAAGGAGAGGCGGAGGAACGGAGGGAUGGGAUGGAAGGGAUGGGAGCUGCGAGCAAGCAGGUGGGCGCUGAUGCUGCUUCCCGGAAAGGGGUUGCUGAAAGGGGAACUGUUAUUGUCUCUAAGAAGGUGACUGGCAUUGGGAUUCCACCUGUGUGGAACGGGAUCUGUGAAAUGACCCCCAGACCACAGCGACCGGCCAGCAGAUUCGCAGUAGAUAGGGGUGCGGGCAUGGACAGUGCUGCUGCUGUUGCUGUGGUGGAUAGAGAGGAGAGGGGGAACGGGCCACUGUGUCCUGAUGGAUUGGAAGGGAGUGGGGCAGUGCGAGAAGGAAGUGGGGCUCCAGGCAAAGCUUCGUUUGGAAGUGUUGUGAAUGAUGGAUCUGGUACGCUUCUUGCAGCAUCGGAUCUGGAUGGGAACGCUGCAGAAGCGAAUCCAGAGGAGAAUUAUUCUGUGGAGUAUUCAGAGGAAGGUGGUACAAAAUCCGCUGGACAAUGGGGGUAUGUGCCAGGCCAGCGGCAGUAUGGAGAUGUUGUGACGGGUGUGGAGGGUGUGGAGGACCGUGCGGGGGCAGGUGAGGAGGAUGGGAGCUGUGGCUGGCAGUAUGUGCCACGUGCUAUGAGCCGGGGCGAGACAGGGAGUGGUGAUUGGGAAGAUGCUGGGGGUGAGGAGAGUGCUGGGAGGGAGGUGAAUGUGACUGGGGAGGGGGGAGGAUACAAGGAGGAGAGUGCUCGAGGGGAGGAGAAUAGUGGGCGGGAAGAGAGUGCAAGCAGGGAGGAGAGUGCAAGCAGGGAGGAGAGUGCAAGCAGGGAGGAGAGACAUGAGAGGAAGCAAAGGAGCAGGAAGCUGGGAGAUGGGGAGUGGGUGGAGCAGCCAGAGCCUGGGGUGUAUGUGACUCUGGCAAAGCUGCCUGGGGAAGGGACUGAGCUUCGUCGAAUCAGGUUCAGGUAA